AUGAGAGUUAUUGGCAGGGGACAUUCUGCAGCGAAAAAACUGUGUUCUGCGAUGAAUGUGAAUGUGCCUUCGAAAAAGUCAUUUGGCUAUCUCGAAAAAAAACUGGAAGCUGCUGCUAGUAACGUGGCAUCCAAAACAAUGAAGGAAGCUGCAUUAGAAAUUAGAGGUGACUCAGUAACUGAAGAAAUAGCUCAGUGCGGUGUGUCAGUUGAUGGCACAUGGCAACGAAGAGGGUAUUCAUCUCUGAAUGGAUGUGUCACGGUCAUUUCAAUAGACACUGGAAAGGUGUUAGACAUUGAAGUGAUGUCGAAAGUGUGUAGAAUUUGUGACAAAAAAAACAGCGAAGCAAUAAACUCUAGUCAUACCUGUACAAAACAUACAGGUUCGUCUGGUGCUAUGGAACCUCUUGGUGCUUAUCGUAUUUUUGAAAGGUCUGCUGACAUGAGGAAACUACAAUAUAUAAAAUUCUAUGGCGACGGGGAUUCAAAAGGAUAUGAUGCUGUGAAAGAUGUUUAUGGGAAGGAUAGCGUUACAAAAUAUGAGUGUAUUGGACAUAUACAGAAGCGUGUUGGCACAAGGCUAAGAAAAUUAAAAUCGAAGCAAAAAGGUCUUGGAGGUCGAGGAAAACUUACAGACACCUUCAUCGAUAAAUUGCAAAAUUACUACGGAAUUGCUAUCCGUAGUAAUGUGAAUGAUUUGGAAGGCAUGCAAAAGGCAGUAAUUGCAGCAUUUUUUCACUGCUGUUCCAGUGCAAAACAACCAAUGCAUGGUCAAUGUCCAGUUGGGCCCGAGAGCUGGUGUAGAUAUCAGCAAGCCAUAUCGAACGGAAAAAAAUACAAGGAAAAAUCAAAAGGGCUUCCAAAAAAUGUCCUCAAUAGCAUCAAGCCUGUAUACAUGCAAUUAUGUGACAAAAAUUUGCUACAAAAAUGCUUGCAUGGGAAAACCCAAAAUGCAAAUGAAUCGUUCAAUGGAAUUCUUUGGAAAUUUAUUCCAAAAGAAAUUUUCGUUGAGUUGUCAACAUUGCGGUUGGGUGCAUACAUGGCAGUGAUUCAAUUUAAUAAAGGAUUUGAAGGACUGCUAGAUAUUUUAAGGCAUUUUGGUGUAAGUUUGGGGGUGUUUACCCUCAAAGGUUUUGCUGAACUCGACGAAGUGCGAGUUAACGAAUCCAAGCGACAUUCUUUGCCCGGAGUUAAAUCUUCGGUUGGUCCAGGGUUCAGUAGUUCUCAGCCAACUUCUGAGCAGUUUCCUGGCAUUCGAAGAAACAAAACUUCGGUUGGUCCAGUGUUCAGUAGUUUUCAGCCAACUACUGAACAUGUUUCUGGAAUCUGA